AUGCAUGGUUUCAUGGCAUUCACUCUCAUAGCUGCUCAAGAACUCGGAAUCCCAAUUGUAAUGCUCUUCAUUAUCCCUGCUUGCAGCUUAAUGGCUACCAUGCAAUUACGGUCUCUCAAGGGCAAAGGCCUCACACCACUUAAAGUUGUAGACUGGAUUCCAAGUAUGAGAGACAUUCAUCUGAGGGAUCUCCCUAUCUAUGUUCGAACUACAAAUCCAAAUGAUGUUAUCUUCAAGUUUGCCAUUGAUGCGGUAGAUAGUGCACCUAAAGCUUCAGGAGUUGUUAUUCUCACAUUUGACGCGUUAGAUCAAGAUGUUUUGGAUGCUCUCUCUCCCAUGUUCCCUCGCAUACAUGCCAUUGGCCCUCUCCAACUUCUUCUCAAUUACUUACCCAAUGACCGUCUAAAAUUAAUUGGGUAUAAUUUAUGGAAGGAAGAAACCGAGUGCCUCCAUUGGCUUAACACUAAGGCACCAAACUCAUGGUUUAUGUGA